AUGGACGAAGAUGGGGAAAGUAUUUUGCUGGAAGACAAUUACUAUCAAUUACUAAAUGUAUCUAAGACGGCAUCUACAGAAGAAAUAAAUAGUGCAUAUCGCCGCUUCUCCCGUAUGUUUCACCCUGACAAACACAGCACUGAUCCCAACAAACAAAAAUGGGCUGAGCAGAUAUUUAACAAAGUGAAGGAAGCUUAUGAAGUGCUUUCAGAUUCCCACAAAAGAGCCAUUUAUGAUACGCUAGGUAAAAGGGGUCUAGAAGUUGAAGGAUGGGAAGUUAUUUUUAGGACACGGACACCAAAGGAAAUAAGAGAGGAAUAUGAAAGGUUAAAACGAGAGAGAGAAGAACGCCGCUUACAACAAAGUGCUAAUCCACGUGGUACUAUUACGCUAUCCAUAAAUGCGACAGAUAUGUUUAUGAAAUAUUAUGAUGAAUAUGAAAUUUUAGAAGAAGCAUCAAUAAUACCCAAUAUUGAGGUGUCAGGUAUGACUAUACAGCAAUCAAUUGAUGCACCAGUUACCUUACGUAACACUAUGACACUAUCGGGAAAUAUUACUACACAAAAUGGCAUAGGCACAGGAUCGGUUAAUGUAUCAAAUAGGCAUUUGAGUUCAGAGAAGGGGUGGACAGAAGUAGAGUGUGGUAUUGGUAAUGGGCCUCUUCUUGGGUUCAAAGUGUUCCGCACUCUGUCUCGGCUGAUGUUCCUUAACUGUGGCACAGUGUUACAGUUCACUCCCAGAGGGAUUGUUCCUAGCCUUGUAUCAACAAUGGCAUUACAGCUGGAUGCGCAUUCAGUGGGAUACCUAACAUAUCGCGCGGGUGGCCAAGGGGGUUCUUCUAUGACCUCUACAUAUGUACGUGACUCCGAAAAGUACCACACAAAUACUGCCUUACAGAUCGGGAAUCCUCACUCGUUUAUUUCUUUCAAUGUAAUGAGAAAAUUGCCACAACAUGAUAUGAAGUUGAGACUAGCACUGAAAUUUGGCACAUUCGGCGCAAUAGCUGAAUAUGGAGCAGAGAAGAAAGUGUCACAAAACAGCAGCGUUUCCGCGGCGGUUAUGUUGGGUGUGCCAAGUGGAGUUAUGCUCAAACUCAAAUGGACCUGUUCAUCACAGACAAUCGUAGUGCCCAUUCACCUCUGCGAGGAAGUGAUGCCAUCACCGGUGUUUUAUGCAACCGUGGUGCCGUUGGUCUCGUGGCUAGUCCUGAAGAAAUUAGUACUAGAUCCCAUCGCUAGAGAGCGCCAGGAGCGAGAGAGACAACGCUCUAUGGAGGCUAACUUUGAAAGGUUGCAGGAAAUGCAACAACAAGCCAGAGCAACCGUCGAACUUAUGCGGGAGACUUACUCUAGGAUCAGAAGCGAUGAGGAAAAGAAAAAGGGCUUAGUAAUUUUACGCGCCGUAUAUGGAAAACUUCCUGCAGAUGCAACAAGCCACGAGGUGGGUGCAGAACAAGCGGGAGAUGGAGUUCCUCUUGAUUCGCCAAGUGGCUAUAGUGAAGCGAUCGACGUCACUAUACCGGUGCAGUGUCUUGUAAAAGACUCUAGGCUAGAGUUGCUUGAAGCUAGCAAAUCGGAGUUGCCAGGUUUCUACGACCCAUGUGUGGGCGAGGAUAAACACUUGACUAUACAAUACAUGUUCCACAACAACCUGCAUUGUUGCACCGUUGCCGAUAAACAAGCCGUUGUACUGCCACGCAAUAAUCAUCGAGUAAAGAAUAGAUCCUGA